AUGAGCAGGAAGACGACUAUUGGGGAGAAGACACCUGGCGCGAGGACGCCGGGUGCAAGACCACGAACAGCGCCAACGACCGACGGGGGCUUUCCCGAGGAAUUGAGGGUUCAAGAGCUCUUCAAUAAAUUGCAAGGGCUGGCACUGAGGGAUACCACAGUUCUACCAAAGAUAGUCAUCAUUGGAGAUGAGGCCAGUGGCAAAACAUCCGUUUUUGAGGCUCUCACAGGAUUGUCCUUCCCAGGAGCAAAACGUCCAUUGACCAAUUUUGCCAUUCAUGCUCAGUUCAAGCGGACGACGGGGGAGAAAUCUAGUGUGAGAGCGCGUAUCUGCCCUGGGCCUCUCGACAGUCAAUAUGAGGCUGCUGUGGAGCACUUGGAAAGCUUCGAGGUGAUCUAUGAUGGAGACUUCACAGGAGAUGUAUUCGUCAAGAUUCUGCAUGAGGCUGCCAACCAUAUGGAUGUUACGCUGGCCCGUCCUGAGACCACUGCCUCUGAUGAUGGAGCUUUCAAUCAGCGGCAACUCUCUGAUAACAUCCUGGUCAUUGAGAUAUCUGGACCAGAGGUCCACAAUCUGAGUGUCAUUGACUUCCCUGGAUUCAUGCAGAGUAAUACACUGCAUGAUGUCCGUGAGGCCCAAGCUAUCAGAAGCUUGGUAAUGGACUACAUUAAAGAGAGCCACUCAAUUAUAUUAGCUGUUGUGGAUGCUACAAAUCAUAUAGGCAACCAAGAGGCGUUGGCACUUGCCAGGAAUGUAGAUCCAGAGGGCCGUCGAACAGUCGGCGUUCUCACUAAGUGCGAUGUCGUUCAGCGAGGUGACGAAAACAGGGUCAGUGCGAGAUUUGAGAUCCAGUGA